AUGGCCAAGAAGCGCAAGCUCGGGGCGAUCGACCACAAGAGCCACUUCGUGGACACCGUGAAGAAGAAGACUGGCGGCGGUGCGCCGCAGAACAACAAGAACGGCAAGAACAACAAGAAGAAGAAGAACUCGCAGAGCGCACACGCUAUCGAGAGCGACGCCAAGAAGAAGAAGGCGCAAAAGCAGUACCACCAAAACCAGCAGCCCGUGAUCCCCUUCUCCAAGGAAGACGCCAUCCUGCUGAUCGGCGAGGGCGACCUCAGCUUCGCAGCGAGUCUUGCGACACAUCAUGGCUGCCGUAACCUGACAGCGACGGUCCUCGAGAAGAACGAGAGGGAGCUGCUGGAAAAGUACCCCCACGCCUCGGAGAACAUUGCGCAGAUCAACGGGACCGCCACUACCACAAAACCCACCAAGUCAAAAGCAGCAAAGAGCGAGGGCGAUGGCGAUGUGGAGGACGAUGAAAACGAGUCACCAGAGGCAGAAGAGGAGGCGGAGGAGGACGAGGAGGAAAUCGACGAGGAUGAGGACGAAGACGAGAAGUACAACCCUCCCGUCCAGAACAACAACAAGAUCCUCUACAACAUCGACGCCCGCACCAUGAAACCCUUCACCCGCAAAUCCGCCCCGAACCACCGCGGCUAUCACAUGGCAGCCCCGACAAAGACCGGCAUCUUCAACCGCAUCCUCUUCAACUUCCCCCACGUCGGCGGCAAAUCCACCGACCGCAACCGCCAAGUCCGCUACAACCAAGAGCUCCUCGUCGCCUUCUUCAACUCGGCCCUCCCCAGCCUGGCGCCCAAAGGCUCCAUCGUCGUCACCUUGUUCGAAGGCGACCCGUACACCCUCUGGAACGUCAAGGACCUCGGCCGCCACGCGGGGCUACAGGCGCUGGAGAGCUUCAGGUUCUAUUCGCACGCGUACCCAGGGUACAAGCACGCCCGGACGGCGGGCGUGAUACGGGAGAAGAAGACGGGGGAGGCGAGCGGAGCGGCGUGGAAGGGCGAGGAGAGGGCGGCGCGGAGUUUUGUGUUUAUGCGCAAGGAUGAGGCGCCUGAAGAGGCGCCUGCUUCCAAGAAGAAGAGGAAGCGUGGCGGGGAGGAGAGUGAUAGUGAGGAGGAGGUUGAGGUUUCCGAGGUGGAGGACUUUGAUCCUAACGAAGCAGCGGGGUGGGUUGGGGAGUAA